AUGGUGGCGAACACCACAGAAUGGUACACGGGUGAUCAAGCGGGGACUCCUGGCAUGACUGGGGAAGAUUACGUCUUCGGCUUCAAACAGAGAAUAGCUGUUUCUGUGGUAUACUGUCUCAUCGCCACAAUGGGUAUCCCAGGAAAUGCAUUUGUCAUCUUGGCUGUCCUACUUUCAAGGAAGCUUCACACACCUACCAACAUCCUGGUGGUUAAUCUUAGCGUCUCAGACUUCUUCACUUGUUGGACCAUCCUCAUCCAAGUUGUAGUUCUCUUGACAUCAGACCAGAUCCUGAUGGUAGUUCCCAGACAGCUCUGCGUCCUUACCAGCGCCGUCAACUUCGUAGGGAACUGCAACAGUCUGAUGACGCUAACGCUAAUCGCCUUUAUGCGCUGGUACGUCAUAACCCGCAGUAUCAGAGGUCAUCGAGGACUUUAUACUCCUAGAAACAUCGCGGCAAUGGUAGCGGUCGUUUGGACAUGUUCGUUGGUUUCUAUGUUGCUUCCACCAAGUCUUGGACUAGGAACCUUAGGUUAUAGCGUCGUCUACAAGCAGUGUUCUACCGUGGAUGAUAACCUUCUCGUCAUAUAUGACAGCAUGAUAAAAGGCUGUGGUACCUUUGUCUUCGUAACAAUUGCGAUUUUCUUCUACACUGCUAUAUUCUUAUUCGUUCGCAAAAAUAGCCAGAAGUUUUUGAAGAGGAUAAACCAUAGGGAUGUUACCGUUUAUGUCAUGGAAUCGACCACAAGCAUGGAGAAAGAAUCAACGACAGAGAGUGCGAACGUCUCACAUUCUCCCGUUCGAAGUUUAUCAUAUUUGGUGGAAAACGGGCAUCAUCAAAGCGAGGCAGAGCUUCGGAUGGCGGCGCGAUUCAGGAAACGGGAGAUGAAGGUAACCAAGAACUUGUUUGUGGUGUUCUUCAUUUUCUUGGUGUGUUUUUUUCCGUUCGCCGUGAGUGUUGCCAUACCCGGGGGAAGCCUCAUCAACAUCUACAUCUCUGUCCUGGUGUACUGCAACGCCUGUAUCAACCCCGUGAUAUACUGCCUAAAACAUGACCAGUUCAAGGAGGUCUUGAGACCCAUGCUGAGCUGCAGGUGGGCCGAGAUUCCGCAACCUACGAAAAUACUAAGACACUUAUUUCCUCGGUCGGGCUAA